UGGGAGUGGUAUUUUCCGAGGUGCUCUUGAAGGCAGCAUCAGUCUCCUGGAUCCUGGGUGUGUGCGGUCAAUUCAGACUGAGAGAGAGAGAGAGAAAACACCAGGUCCGAGCUGUGCCUGUCAUCUGUCAUCUCGUGGGAAAACUCAUUCUCCUUCUUUACCGGACAGACUGAAAAUGGGAAACUAUCCGAGCUAGUUUUCUGAAGAGGACUCACAUUCGGGAGGGGUUGUGCUAAAAUUGCCAGGUUAGUUAUAAUGCUAGCUCCACACAGCCUGUCGUUGACGUACUGAAGGCAGCUGCUUCAUCUUUAAGCUAAUGUUAACUAGCUGCCACAGUUUGCAAACUCACUAAGUCGUAGUUUAGACCUAUUAAUCCUCUACAUGGUGGACCACCGUGUUCAGAAACUAGCAUACGUUUUCCAAUUGCAUGCCAUCGGUUAGCUGUGCAGGUUGUCACUACCCAGCUAGCGAGCUAACAUUAGCAGUUCAGGUUAGCUAGAAGAGGGUCAGUGUGAGUGUUUGGCUGAUGCUGAGCUACAUUCACGGUUUUAACACUUUUGGAGAGGAGAUAAUGUGACCCAUGAGGGCGUUCAGCUGCACCAGGCGGUCUAGUAGGAAGCGCCGCUAAGGGGUUGUGUUCAGUAUCAGCAGCCGAGUCGUGAACCUGAGUGUUCCUCUCCCACUGCUCGUUGUGACACUCACGUUGCAUGGUUGUUUCCUGUUUUUCUCGCCGGUCCAGGUUGAGCCUUCAGUCACACCAUUUACCUCCAGAGAAGGACCCGGAGCACAGUGGCUAUGCAGACCUUCCUAAAAGGCCGUAGAGUCGGCUACUGGCUCAGCGAGAAGAAGAUGAAGAAGCUGAAUUUUCAGGCCUUUGCUGAUUUGUGCAGGUAUGUCACCCCCAACACUUACAUUGACUAGUGAUUCUUUUUUUUUUUUUUUUUGUGGCAAUUUUCAGGAACAGCUUAGGGGACAUACACACAAUAGACUUGCAUCAUUAACAAUUUAUGUCAGGGAAUUAAGAGGGGUGCAAACACAACACUUCCUCAUAAUAAGUCACUGACAAAAGAGACUGAUUAUCAUCUCUUCUCUCACCGCUAAUAACUCCCUCUCAGUUCAUGUGAAACCUUCUCUAUUGUAUCUGAACUGUGAUCCAGUAACCUCCCUGCCUGUGUCUCACUUGUAAUUGAGUGCUUGUUAAAAUAAGGUGCAAUAAGGACAUCUUUUAUGCAGGCCUGGUGAUGCUGCCCCAAGGUACAUGCAUAGCAGGACAAGCUGCAAAAACAGGUCCUAUUAUUCAGUCAGUAUCCUUAAGGGUAACACUGUAAGGCAGGUUUGCGUGGGCUGUCAUCAGCCAUAUCUGCUUAAAGUUAACCUUUGAGCAACACAGUAUCGCAAAUUGAUGGUAAUCUUAUUCAAGCAAGCCUUCUCUUUUUGUUUCUAGUCAUGAGACAUUUUCUUUAUCUGCAAAAGCAAUAAAAACGUGUUCAUCAAAGGUUUUAAUUCCACUGCAGCAACAGUUUGUUCUGAUUCACCUGUCUCAAAAGGGACAGCUAUAUGACUCUCGUGUGCAUGGUAUCUUGUUCUAGCUUAUCCAUAUCCAGCCAAGUAAAAUGUUAUAUAAGGUGUUAUAAAGUAGGGCAUGGAUUUUCUCAGUCGCAGUGACAUCAGUAGACGUUGAGUCUUGGUCCUCAGAUUUACAAUAGAUGUUAGUGCACAAGAUCUGAAGAAUGAUGUCAAGGUGUGUCUGCAGCCUUAUCAUCUUUCAUUGCAACAUUACCAAGAUACCUUUGCUUUGUGAGAGCUGUAUUUGUCCUGAAAACACAAAUGAUGCCAGAGGCUAGUCAGUGAGGGAGAAUAGAGGAAAGCACUGACAACAUACCUGAUCCACUGUUGCUUUGAAGCAUUUCCACCUUUAUUUUUUUUUUGUGAAGGAGAACUAGUGCCUCACAAAGACCUGGUUGAGCCAGUACAGAUUACCACGGUAAUCCACAAAACAUUUUUAAUCUCUUUAUAAACCUCCUAGCGGCGCCCCCUCCACCCUCUGUGCCUCCAUCCCUGCUUCCUGCAUAUCCCCUUCUUCCCUCAGAGACCGCCUAUGAACUGUUUAAUAUAAAAGGUGGUAGUAAAAUGGAAAGUGUGAGGAUUUGGUGCCUGCAAGAAGAUCAAGUCUGAUUAGUGGGUGUUUUUCAAGACAACAACAACAACAAACACCAAUACAUUUCGAUGGAAAUGAGCCACAAAGUAGAUACGGGUGUAUAAUUUACUGUACAUGAUCUUGAACUCGUACUUUGCUUCUCCUUUCUUGACGUUCCCUAUCAUAUGACACGUUUGAAAACAAGUCGUCUUUAAGAAGAAGAAAAAAAAAGGAAUUAAGGCAACCCUUUAAGGCUCCUGUUUAUAUAAUCAGCUGUUUUAUAAAGAGCAUUUUGUCCUCUUUACAACACUGAAAGGGUGUGUUUUUUUCAAUCUGUCUCCAGACCUUCUGUUGUGCCAGAUAAUAAACAAACAAUGAGGCAGAAAUACUGACUUCAUUAAAAAACUAUUUUCUUGGCAAAGUAUGAACUUUUAAAUGCAAAAUAUGUUGUUUGAUUUUGAAUUUACAGGUAGAUUACGGCAGGGUUUUGAUUAUUAAUGAGGUAAAAUGGCAAGUUAUUGUUUCAAACUCACAUCUGAUAUAAAUAGACAAGGUUUUCUCCCUUUCAUUGUGUGGCUUGCACCUGACACUGUGAGCGCUUCAGUGUCGAGUCCUCCCUGUCUCAUGCAGCUGGACUCGAGGGCUUGCUGCUUGUAAGAGCCACUUGGUUUUUUACUUUUGUACCCCAUUAUUUUGCACAGUAAUUUGGAGGCCUCUUACUGACUCAGAUUUACUUCAUUUUGGAAAAAAAACUGAUGCCCUUGAGAAGUGCCACCCGAUAGUUGUUGGGUAAUAUGAAAAUAUUGUCACUAAGUCUGGUCAUGGCAAGGUUAUUGUGUUCGAGGACAAGUAGGAUGAGAUUACAGAGUUACAACCGGUGUUGUUUUUUUUUGUUUUGUUUUUUUUUACCCACAUGCUGAAGUUGACUGCAGAAGUGGAAAGAGUGUGAAUAUUUAAAAGCUGUGGCAGGUGUCUGUUUGAAAUCAAUUAAAAGGUAAAGAGGAGUUGGCAUUGAUUGUAAGUAACGGAAAGUGUAGUUUGACAGCCCAAACAGGUUAAACCGCCUCACCUAGUCGGCCUACAUAAGCCAUCUUUGUCUGUCUUUUUCUGUUUUGAAAGGAUGCCAAUCUGUGACAGGGUGUUGAAAGAGGUUUUAAAGUUUCUUGUUCUGAAUGUUGGCCACUUCUACAACAAAUUUUAAUCAUCGAGCUGUAAUUGACAUAUUCAUGAUUUUAAAAAGGCAUUUGUUAAACUCGUAAUUCCACACAGUCAUGCCGUGCAGCAGCUGCUUUUGCAUUACAGCAACAAAACAAACCUUGGAGUCAGCAUCUUGUGUUUGUUACACCUCCAUGUUCAAGUAAAAGUUCUGACCCUGGCCCCCUCUUGUGUAUCUUCUUCACCUCAUUCGAUCAGCUCUCUGUGUAACAAUAUAGGAGUGCAGAUGAUCCCCAUAUCAGAGAUGGAAAGAAACUGAAGGCCCCAUUCACACCACAUGAAACACACCAGCUGCAGUAUUAAAUAUCUGCAUUGUUGUGGAGCAGUGAAUGGCUGCACGGCUGUUACCAUGGGGCUGUAACCUCAAAAGCAACUGGGACAGACAGCCAGAGUUAGACCGGGUUUAUCCUCGUUAGAAAUUUUCCACAACAUAUAGAUUUGUUGUUUUUACUAUUGAAGGUUUACUUUGGGUUCUGUCCCUGUGGCAGACAAUGAGCUGCAUGAGACCAAAUAUCUUCCAUCUGUCUGGUUGGUUGUUGUUUUCAGUAUAAAGGUUGGAAUUAUCUGAACCAUCGAGGUGUUAACGUGCAAAGAAUAAGCUCUGUGGUUUGGCAGGUUUAUAGAAGGAGGGGAAAAAAAUCCUCUCAAAAGAGAGGAAGUCAUCUUGUAUGAAAACCUCUGCGCCAAUGGUGAGUUAGGUAAAUAUUGCAGUGUACUGUCAGAGAUGGGGACACAGACCUGUCUGUUCAGGUUCCUCUUGUGGAUAGUCCAGUUGUGUGUUUGAACAAGUCUACUCUUAUAGUAGUCUACUGGUUGCCGAGCAGCAUUAAAAAAAAAUCAGAGACUUGUAUUUCAGUGUUGUUUGUAAAAAGUAGUGUGUUUGAGCUCUUGGCUGAGUUUUUUUUUUUUUUUCAGAGUUUCUGAAUAAUUUAGCUCAAUUAAUGUGUGUACUACACAACAUCACAUCUUACAUCUUCGAGGUCCUUUUGAUUGCAGGAAACACGUCUUUAAUAUUGAUCCCUGUUUCUUUACGUUCAUAUUAUUAAUGGCAUUUCUUCUCUUUUACAGGAAAAGAGGAAUAGAAGUUGUUCAGGUAAGUUACAUUUUUUUUCACAUGUUGUACCAAAAGUAACCUGUAAGGAAUACUGUAAUUUAGAUCCUUUAUAAAAACAACAGUUUCCUCUGAUUUGAUAACAUGUGGAAACUGGAAAACAAAAACAGACUGUUUUAACAGAGCGAUAUUUUUCCAUAUUUCUGCUGUAAACUACCUUGUUUGUUACCUCCCACACACCUGAUGUAGUUGCUUCACAGCUUUUCUAUUUUCAGUCCAUAAGCAUAAUCAGUCGCUGUCUUCCGGAUCAGGGCCGAGCUCAUUGUUAAGCCGUGAUGCAACUCAUCCCAGCACAAUGUUUCAACACCUGGCCUCCGCUCUGUAAGGCUGGGGCACAUCAGAGAAACCCGAUUGGGGCAGUGGGAACUCAUUCUGUUAAAGUGCGAGUUUGUCUGAGUGUGUGUGGUGAAAACAUUUGAGGCUCGGUGUAAACAGCAGAGGUUAUCACAGGAGAACUGCACAUAUGGGAGUUCUUUUGAAAGCCGGUAAUUCCAGUGACUUUAGGUUAAUCUGUAUAAUGUGGGUAAAGAGAUGGUGGUCUAACUGUAGUUACUACUUAGCUCAGGGUGGAGGUGAGUUCUGUUCAGGUAAGCAUAGGCCCUCGGAGCAUAAAUGCUGCUGCUGCUGCUGUUAAUGGAUAUUGCAUGGCACAUUACAUUGAGUAAGUAAACACAGCACAUACAGCAGCAUAGAAACCAUUGUCACUAAGUCCUAAGAGCUCUGUCUGUGCUGAAAAGUGCUUGUCAGUUUAAGUGCUCUCUGCUAUUGAGGGGGAAAUCAUCCUGCUUUUUUAAAUCCAUGUCUUGCUCGUUUUUUUUUUUUUCUUUUUAAAUGCUGUCUCUUGUCUUCUUGGGGGUUCUUCUCACCCCCCCUCGCUUUGAGGUUAUUUUUUUCCUCGCACUGUGCUGACGAUAUCAGCACACCCAGAAAGAGACUUGUCCUGGGAAUAGUCCCAAAGUAAGCAGGGCUUUGUUUCCCACUCUGUAUUCAGCCCCUCUUGGGAGACGGCAGAUCCUCACAGACCCUCAGCGAGUGGGGUACCAGGGACGGGAAUGAAACAGCCCUUUGACCUUUCCCAUUUCUCUCUAUUUAAGGCUUUACCUGUUGUCUGUUACGUUUUAUUUUCCUACGCAACUGUACACUCUCUUUAUGUCGUGUCUUGGUUGACACUGUCAGCUCUUCCAGCUCAGAUACCCAGUAGUGAAGUGACACCAGAGAUUCAGCUGCCUGAGAUGAACCCAAUACUGCUCAGUGCCUGUACUGUCAUGGCUGCAUUAGCAAAGAGAAGAUAAUGGUAGCCAUUGUAAUGCUUUAGCCUUGACAUAAAUGUAUGUGUGCACAACCCUCGUCUCGUAUUACACUAUUGAAUCCUAAGACUGGCUACCCCAAGCCUUUGAUUUUACUACAAGUGAUGUCAUUUUUAGAGAGACGCCAUGUACUGUACAUGCAGCAAAGAAAUGAAUGUUUUGAUUGUAACGGAAAAGAAUGAUGGACUGAGAAAUGUUCAGCAUUAAAGCCUCUUGAACAUGUUUCAUUUAAGAUAAACCGCUCUGCUCUGGUAUGCACAUGUUUUAUUCAUUUCGUCUUUUCAAGCUUUCAUAUGGGUGCAGGAAGCUGCUGGGAAGUGGAUUGGAAGUCUUUUUAACCUCUUGUAGGAGGCUGAAACUACAUAGCAGUUGAUUUGUCUUUUGCACCUAACCUCGUCCUUGUGGUCUGACAGGCUGGACGAUAACAGUUCAACCUUGGAAGUCCAAGACUAACUCAAUCCCACGCUUUUCAAAGCAGAAUAAACCAAAGGCUUAUGUUGUUUACACCCUUAUUACACGCUCAUUUAUUGGUUUUUGCCUAAAAUACUGAGUGAUUGUGAAAGUUUAGUUUGACUGCCACUGUUUUGAUAGUCGAUCAACAGCCCAAGGAAAUGACAAAUCCUCACUGAUUGUUGUUUUUUCCAAUUCAAGAGUUUACGUCUUUGCUGUUUGUGGUAUUUGCUGAUCUUACAUAAGUGUUUCUGUUGGGUUUGGAUUGUUUUUUACGGAAAGUGAUCUCAAGCUGUCAUUUUUGUUUUGUAGUAUCAUUAGUUUGGCUUUUUCAUGGAUAGCUUUUUUUUUUUUUUCAAACCAGGUGUUACAGCUUUUACCCAGAACAUAGUCAUUAAUUGCAGCCUAGUAAACUAUUGAAUCAAAAAAAUUAAAAUGUCCAGUAUAGGGAGGAGUAGAGCCAGAAUGACAUGGGCAUUUAUCUUGCGCUUCCAUCUUAAGAUAUGUGAUAUUUGCCGCAAUCCUCUAGGGGUCUUUCCGUGUUGAUGACGUCACACUGUUUGACCAAAAUAUGCUAAAUCAAGCAGCCCCAGGGACUUAAUUUUAUAUUUCCAUUUUGAGUGUGGGAAAACCAAGUACAUGAGCGCCCAUAUGGCCUAACAGAGCUGAAACAGAACAGAGGGGUUGUUUCUUUGCGACUUUAUGGUUGAACAUCUUUCCUGUUUUGUAAAGUAACCUGUUAACGCUUUCGUCUUGGCUCUAUUUUAUACCCUUCCACGUGACUUUCACCAGCUCAUCAAUACUCUAACCCUUCAGCCCGGAGCUCAUCCUCCCACUGGUCCUCACAUUAGUCUGUCUGUAUAAUAGAGCUGAUGAGAUUAACUUGGCGGGCUCAGCCUUGAAAAAGCCGAUAUUCUCUCUCCCAGAAAGAGCCCAUCACAGCAAAUGGUCACUGCUUGAGUGGGCUGUCCUGUAAAAGUUAUUGAGAUACUGUUUUCAUUAUAUGACAAGUGCUGAGGAAUUCAAAGUUACUAUCAAGCGUGCUCCUAUAGCUCACCUACAUUGGGAUUUAUGGAGGUUGACAUAACAGAUAUUGUCUUUAGAGGGAAUUUAUUGGUCCUCCGGUGCACCAUCAGGGAAAGAAAGCAAAUUAAUGACCAUUAUUUGGAGAUAGCAAAAAGUCGAUCCAAUGAAACUGCUCAAAAGGAUCAGCUGAUUAGAGGUAAACAAAAACAAGAAUGAUGCAGUGCUUGCUUAAAGCUGUGACAAAUGAUAUGAUGUGUAUAUUUUUGUCGCUGCAAUGACUAAACGACUCAAAAGUCUGAGUAUCAGAAGCAGUGUCAGGAAGACAAAAAGCAACAAGACGACAAGAUGAAGAAGUCCCCUUCAAACAUCAGAAAGCUUUAACAUGUAGGUUUGCUGCUCAUAAAACUGAGUAAGUUGUGUGUUCUUUACUGCAUGUAAAACAGUCUUUUAUUCAUUACAUCAAAUCCAGUUGCUCACUGUGCAGAAAUGAGUGGGCUGUUUGAGUUCAGGGUGGAUACAGUGAGAAAAGAAAUGCUUGUCAGUUUGACUAAGAUGAACUUGCAGUGACUCCUUUAUCUCUAUAAAUAUCGUUAGCCAUUCUCAGUAAGUCUGCCUCAUAUAUCUCAAGUCUGUUCCUCCUUUUGAAGAAGAAUUCCCAUCCCACAAAAUUUCUUCAGAAAUGUUUUCAAGCCACCUGCCAAGUCAUGCUCGUCCCACGCAUUUAUUAAAGGUUAUCCUGGUGUUAACCUUUUUAUCUUCUGAUAACGGCUGAAAGGAAGUCACCCCAUUAGCUUCCUUUUGCAUAUUAUAAUCAGCGCCAAGGAGACUACCAUUAGCCUAAUGAGCUUCUCCAUUUUUUUCUCUCCAGAGAAUCGUCUUCAUGUUGAGUCCUGUGACUGUAAGGUGUGGCCAACAUCCACACUUGUCUCAAACACACGUUUCUCUUACACCAGGCUGUCAAGCGCUUCACGGCGAACAAUAUAAAUCAUUCAACACUUGUCUGUCUGCACUCUGCACGCAGUCUCUCUCCAGGCGAGUCUGACAACAAAGCGAAAGCUCAGUGAGGUUAGAUCCAGCUGAGGGGAUCGAGAAAGAGACGUUUAAAGAAUGAAGCCUCAACCAGACACAAAGACAAACAACCAUAAAAACAGGAAAUGAGUCAGUAAAAGUUCAUACAGUUUAAACGCACGAUACUUUUACAAAUUUAGUUGAAUGCUUAAGUAUAAAUAUGAUCUCAGUCCCCACUGUUUGCUCAAAAUCUGUUUUUUUAGAUUUCCCCGGGGUAAAACUGGGGCCCACUAAGGCACUACAUCAAAGCUGGAAAUAUAUCGGCCCUGACCAUCCUCUCCCUCCAGGUUCCUGUGUGUUUUCUGUGUUGUCCAUCACCAUCAUGGCCCUCUACUAGAACUCAGCCCAGAGGGACUCACAGAGACGUCAGCUGACAUUUCUGCUUUUAGCAUUUAGGAGGACAUCAGUGACUUUACUGCCGGGUUCUUUUGGACGAGUUUUAAAGCAGGGUCAUUCUGCCGACGCACAGGGGGAUUCAUCCUCUGUGAUGUGUCUUACUGACGGGUGUUGACCCCCAUGAUGAAGAGUCCAGUUUUUGUAGGGGCGGGAGGGGGAGGCCUCUGUAUUGUGUAAACGAAAGAUUACCGACGAAUUGCCUUCCACUCGGCGCUGUCAAACUGACACCGCUCGCUACACAGAAAACAAGAGCAACCACUUGAGUUUCCACUGAUCUUUUAGUACUUCACACACAACUGCUGCUAACCACAGCUUGCCCCAUAAACCAUUGCUUUAUCCACAGGUGACAACACAUUUUAUGAGUGUUAAGUUACGACACUGUAAUUGAGGUCAUAGCAGCAUGUUUAUGCGUUUUAUGCAUGUGACAUAUGCUCAUACUUCUGUAUGUAUCACAUGAUUCCUGAUGAACCAGCUGGGGCGCUGACUCAUUAAAACCAAUCCAGUUUGUUUUGAAAGUCUAAGCCUUUUCUGUCGUCGAUUAUGUAACCGCACCGGCUAAAUCUGGUCAAUACUUACCCAGUUUAGUCUGAAAGAAGUUAGCAAGUUAAGAGACUGUGGCAGAGCAUCUUAAAUAGAUUUUAUGUGUUCAAAACAUUAUGUGUCACUGUUGUCUGCGGUCGUCUUUGCUGCUAAUUCAAAAAAACAAUUCUUCUUUUACCAUGUCUGGUAUGUUCAGCAAUUUCAGGCAAACACUUAAAUUGUAAGACCUACUUUAUUGAUUUUAAAGAACUUGCUUUUACAUUAUUGACCAAUCAGAAUCAGGUAACACAAAUCCACAAUGAGUAGGAAAGCCCCGUAAUAAAAACUUUACAACAAAGUGUCCAGUGUGACAGUAAAUUUGACUGUUUUUACCUCACAUAACCUCAUUUAGUCUCACUGAUACACAUCGAACCUUUCAUGGCCACAGGAUACCAUCAGCCUCAUCAUCGCGUACAUGUUUUUACUGCCAGUGCUGGCGUGUUUCUUUUGAGCUGAAGGGCGUGUUCCCACAAGCAGGAGGAACAUAGCGUGGAGGAGAACGAGAUCCAGCAGCGUUAAGAUGGGCAGAGAAAGAAAUGCUCUGUUGAUGUGACAUAAUGAGCUCUUUAGGGAAUACAGCUGGUCUCGAACACUACAGGGUGUGUUGGCAUUUCUUUGCAUGUUGGCGCACUUCACAGUCUGUAUGAUUUGAAGUGAAGAAAACACGUGUUUCAUACCAAGAGAUAAAAACAAUGAAGUUACUUCUGUUGGAAGCAUUUUUUCCUUUGGGCAUUUUGUCCUCCCAGGUGUGUAAGGAACAUAAAUCAUCUGAUAUCAAACAGAUUUACUAUCCUGUGCAAUCGACUUUACAUGGCCAACCCAAGGGUAAGCUAAUUAGUCAUCUAUUCAUCACACCUCUCUCAAACAUUAACCAGGAAAUGUUAGCAGUGACGGCGGCCAACCCUGGACUAACUCAAACUCUGUACGCUUUGACAGUUCUUGCAUUGAUCCACACCUGUGUGACUAAGGUGUAUUCUAGACUCCUACGCUGUCUGGACAACAGCAUGAGGUCCUACCCUGCUCUGACAUAUUUGCACAGGUGUUGCUGAUUUGUCUUUUGUCUGUAAUGAUCUGGUGACUCCCAUGUAAUGAUAAGCCAGUCAGUUACUGUAUGGCUGGGUUGCGCAACAAACACAAUUAGCUCUUUCUGAAACAGUCCUCUCAGUGUUGUUGUGUUUUCUUUGGUUUCAGUUAAUCUGUCGAAUAAAGUCCUAUUUUCAUAUUACAUAAUUUUACCCACAAAAGAGACAUAAUGUGCCGGUAAACGGUCGAAGCCUUUAACAUAGCUGCUGCUGUAUGACUCAAGAAAACACAUAGCUCAGGGUUAAGCUAAGGGUUUCUGGUGAUUACUUUAUCUCCAAGUAUACUUUGGCUCCUUCGGCCUUUUUCGGUUAUUAUUAUGCCUAGCUACAAACUGAAGGCUGCUUUAUCUCUCUCCCUGAACGUUCUCCUUUCACGCAACCUUGCCUCCUGACUUCAAAAUGCCCUUGGUUAUAUAGCAACAAGAAAGUAAACACACAGAUGUAAAUCAGCUGAGCUGAGCCCAUUCAGACAGAAUAUGAGCUAUUUCUGUCGUUAUACACUGAAUUUUGAUUUUAUAGUCAGAGAUAGGGCUGCACAACAGGUUACUGUCAUCUGAACAGUUGCAAUAAAUACAGUUAAAGUCUGAAUUUUUCACAAUAACAGGGAACAUUUUCUGGUUAACAAAGGGUGCUUUCAGACACUUGUUGACACAGUGUUGGGAUAAUAUACUUUUUCUUAUUUAUUUUGAAUAAAGGAGGGGCAUGUUACAAACGUGUGGUGUCAAACAUGAGGAAGAACAGAGACCUAAAUACUAAGAGCUAAAAGGCGACACAAACCAAAAGCUCCCCACAGUAGUUUUAACCUUAAUCAUUUAGUAAAACAUUGAUGGAACAGAUUUUGAACAUUUUGAGAUUUUAGAGAGAAAUCGUCGACUGCCACCUGAGUAAAAUAUUAGCAAGCGAGUUAUUUUUAUCAACUCACAGACACACUCUUAUCUAGCAGUGCCAUUGAUUCUGUUACUCUCAUUCUUUCAGGGAUAAUUUCCAUCUACACCCAAAAUUCAUCAGCUGACUGUAACAAUUUUCCUCCAGCGAGGCACCUGAUAGAUCAGAUGAAAAGUUUGGCUGCUUUUAGCAUCGCGAUCGUCACAUCAGUAAUCACCCUGAAACCAAAAACUUAACUCUGGACCUGCCCACAUGAUCUGUCAGGUGUCCAACCAGCACAGAUCGAUCGAGUCCGGUGUUUGUUGUAGUUACACAAAACAUGCAAAAGUGUAAUGUGUGUGUUUGUCGUGUUAUCAAACAGAUUGAAAGCAGUGUUGGAUGGCAGAUUCACACAUCUAAAUUUCUCCUCUGCAGUAGCUGCGUGUUUGUUCCGGUCGACUGAAUUUGAAUCAAGAAAAACUUCGAGCUGAGAUCUGAGUGGGCCUCAAAUAUCAAACUCCUGCGAUAACAGGUUUCUGCCCAUACCUGUGAAUUGGACCGGGCUGGCAUCUCUUCUUUAUCUCUCGUACUGUUGCAGUCUUUUGUGUGUGUGGGCAAACCCUGACCUACUUAAGUGUUAUCAAACUUAAAGACUUACUUUCCAUAUUCUUGUGAACCACUUGGCCGGUGCAGUCAGUGUUUCGACUGCAGCAAACUUCAAAAGAGUUAGAAGAUGUUUUUGUUUUUUUUUUCCCCUCGCCGCUCAGAGGCUGUCGGAUAUCUUCAGCAAGACUAGAAGUCUGGGCAGCAGGGGAGCGAAUGUAACUCACCGUGAAAUAGAUGACAUCAGAAAUAAAUCCUGAUGUUGUAAUUCAAACUAAAUACAAGCUAACCUUUGACUGCACCUAUAAAUAAAAGAAAGCUGAGAGUCAGUUUUGUUUUUUAAAAGUUUUGCCCCACAAUGAUGUAACACUGCUGAUUUAUAAGAGCAGUAAGCAAAACAAGUAAAUAAUAUGAAGCCAAGACACACUCUUGGCUGAUUUAAAAUCGAGCGAACAUGAGUUUUGUGAGUUAUUGCCAAGGCCAGCUGCUUUUCAGUUUGAUAAAUGAAUAGCCAGUUGUUGGAUGUCCCUAACUGCAACCUGAUCUUUGACCCUUGUCUGUUCUCCUCCUCUCAGCUGGACCUAAGCCAGCCUCUGGAGGAGCAGGGACCUCUGGACGUCAUCAUCCACAAAUUGACCGACCUUAUCCUCGAGGCAGACCAGAACGACUCCCAGGCUGUGCUGCUGGUGCAAAGAGUGCAGGUAUGCUCUUUUGUCGGCCUUGUAGUAUUGUUACAAAAAUACAAUAACAGAGGGGUGGAAAAGUGGGGCAAACGAAACACAAACUCUUCCCAACACAAUAAGAGAAAAUAAACACUUUUGAUGGUGUUUUCUGCAGCACAGCCCCUCCACUUGCUGUGAGCAUAGAUCUGGACUGAUGGCGGUUUAUGUUUCAAUGUAAAGUUCUCCGUUUAAGAGUCUUGAUAGAAGAGCAGAAGAGCCUCAAACUUCAUGAAUCAAAAGAAUCUGACCUGCUGUAUUAGAGCAAUGAAUGUGUUGACUCAUGAACCUCAAAUGCUCUCAGUGAAAAAUUUUCAAGAGCUUCUUUUCUUUGAUCCUUUUUGAUAAAAAUCUGACACGAGCAGCAGUUUCUGUGCUCAAAAUGUGGCGCAUCGAACACGCUUCAAAAGAUUUCGUCUCUUUCUGAAUGACUCAGGCGACAACGUUAUCAUGAUCGACGUCCUGCAGCUCUGUCAACGGGUUCCUGACUGCUCUGUUAGGAAGCAAAAACAGGAUGUCAGUAUUAAGCAAACCCCCUAAACAACCAAACCUCCAUUUAUGUACUGCAGCAAAUUCACUUGUGUCUCCAUUUUCGGCGCUGUAACCUUAUAGCUGUCAAAUCUCAAGGCCAAACAGUUGCAACAAUUCAGCGGCUUCCAGUAUUAGAGGUGAUCUUUGACCCCUGCUCUCAGGGUGCACAUUAGCACAGAGAGGCACAUAAAGACAAGAACUGCAGGCACAAAUCAUUCAUUAAUAAUUGCACACACAUCAAACUUUACAACCCACCAUGUGCAGUUAAGGACCAAACACUAGCCGUGUUUACAUGUGCAAAAUUUCUUGAUCCGAUUAAAAAUCUGAGGGAUCGGAUGAUCUGAAUCCACUGUUUAUAUGGGUGCAAAAUCAAAUAAUCUGACCGAUCAGAAGCAUUUGGACAUGCGCAGAGUUGUCUGAUUUCCCGAAAUCAACCGUAGAAAAAGAGUUGUAUUUACACCUGUGCUAUCAACAAACCAACAAAUGCAGUAGUGGCUCACUCCAUCCAAUUUAGGAGUUUUCCCCCUGUUGAAUAUUGUCUCUAGAUGACGCCCUCGCAUACUUUAUUUUACUGUUCUGUCAAAGGUUACACUGUGCAUGCAGAUGUGACAUCAUUACGUUGUAUGUACGUCUUGCUAUGUUAUUGGAGAAGCAGACACGGCACCUGCGGUUGUGUUUUAUGCCAGAGUGUUAAUAAUGAAACCUCCUGAACUGACCUCAAUAAAUAAACUAAAGGCUUAAGAGCAAUGACCAAGUCAGGUAAGAGAGUCACGUUCAGAAUAAGUAUUUACAUGGACGCGUUUCGAAAUAACUAUCGGCACAAACCACCCCUGUCGACUGGAAUACAUUUUCUUUCCGAUCGAGCCAAUUUGGAUGAGAAUCUUCCGAUCGACAUGUUACAUGACGCAUUUUUAUUCCGAUCGGGCAUUCAUUCCGAUUAUUGGUGCCCAUGUAAACACAGCUAAUGAAAUAUCUUUUUGUUCUGUUUCUCAAGAUUCAUGUUAAUUGCAGCAAAGAUGACCUCUAAGCCGAUGUGAAGUAUUAACCAAAUGAAGUUCAGCUUCAUAUGUAGAGCAGAGAAGCUCUAGGUAAAGUUUAAAAUCAUAAUUCUGUCCUAGAUGUAGGUUAAACAAGAUUCUGCCAGUAAAUAAUCCUCUCAGCUUUUCUGCUCAGCCAUGUUUGUACAACCCAGGCUCUGGCUAUUUACCUGAACACCACUGUCAUCUGUGAUUAUGUUCUUGUUAUGAUUUGAGCUCUGGCUUCUCUCUAUUAUAACACAGCUGUGGUCAUAAGUACCACUUUGUUUUGAUGGAGGGAGAAAACCUUCCUCCUUAAAUACCCCUCAAAUUCAAACAAAAAUGUCAGGCUGGGAUGCACUGCGGUGAAUCAGUGACCUGAGGUGUGAGACGUGUGCAGACCUCAGACGAAAAUGACUUUGGAACUGUUGGACUGUAUUAAAAAAGGACCAUAGCUGGGAUGAAACAUGGAUGAAAUCAAAGUGGCAUCACUCAUUGGUUUUCUAAAGAGAUGUUACACCGUUUUUAUAGAAGCUGAGCAGUUUUCUCCUCAUGGAAACAGAUAUGCCAAAACAUAUCUGCAGCCCCACCACCAAGACUGGCAUAGAUACUCCUUCUCUCUUAAACAUAGUUAGACAGAGCUAAUCCCCUUUUCAUCCCCUGCUCUUGUCUGCGUUUAAAUGCAUCUCUUUUUCUAAGAGUCAGACAUCAGCAAGUGACAGCUCUUAUCAGAAAAGUAUCGUGUUGGUGGAUUUUGGGGAUUUUUAUGACUUUGGCAGCAGCACGCUCAACUUGCAUAACAACGCAGCUGGCUUUGAUCAGGGUUGCCAGUUAGAUCCCAGUAAAUCCUACAGAAUGGUCCUCCUUGUCGAGGCAAAGGCAUUUGUUUACAUUCUGCAUGCGUCAGUAAGCGUGUGUGUGUAUUAAUAGACAGUAGGAGAAUAGGCAUUUUUCUCCAGCUGCAUGUCUGACUCUGCUGCGCGUGUUUAAUAUCACGCAAACACGCAUGACAGUGGAGCUGUGGUGUUUCUGAAAGGCUGCGAUGUGAGCAUGCAGGCUGUUUGUGCAAUGUGCAGGCCAGCCAGCUCCACCUGACAGCGUUGGGGAGUCAGUAAAAAUUGCUUGGAAGGAACGGUUGGCAGAGAAAUCCACAGAGCAGAGAUGGGAAUGUGGAGAGCCCAGAGAGUUGUGGAGGGUGGAGGGGGGACAGAGCUGGAGGAGAGCCGACUGGAGGAGAGGAGGGGAGAGGAGGGGAGCGCAGUUAUGUAAAACAGCAAACCUCAUGCUGACCUAACAGCCGGCCAUGCAGAGAUGAAGUGAUGUAACCUUUACAGACUGACUGGCAUACAUCUCAUGCUCUCUCACACACAGACACACACACACAUAUUUAGAUAGUGUCAUGUUGACCCUCUGACUCUGUGUUUGUAUUGAGAGUUUGCACACUUCUACUAUGUGUUUAACAUCUGUAACCAGCAUGGAUUUGUUUGAGUCAUGGCACAGUGUCACACCUGGUGUGCAGGCCGUCUUCAUAGCACAUACGCACAAAAUACACACCUUCUACUGUGUUUUCCUUUUUUUUUUUUCAACUGACCAUUAAUCUGACAUUUAGUCUCUUAAAACAAGCAGACAUGUGUUUCCUGAGCCCCGAAAAUGUCUUCUCAUGAUAUUUUUUGGUCACUUGACAGGCUCAAUUUUCAUGAUAUGCUGUCAAACUAUUGGUUUAAAGCAGUUUCCAUGACAGCAGCCUUACGCAAAUAAAAUAAAGGAAUCAAAACAAAUCGUCAUUUCUGCCUUUUUCUUUCGUUUGUUACCUUACAUAUUUGUUCGCAGCCAAAAUAGUUAAAUCUGAAGAAAUGCUGCUGCUUAAGGGUUUAGAAACAGGAAGCAAUACCUUAAAAUGCCUUGAGGGAACUUCUGAGAAUUCAGAUAGAGCUAAUGUCCACUCAGACUCAAGAGUUAAUUGAUUAGAUUUUGUUGGUUAGAAUCAAAGAUAAAGCAAAGAAUGAACCCAAUAUCUCAGCAGGACCAAGGAGAAAUCGUAUUACAUGUUUUUCUUUUAAUUUGAAGUUUGGGUCAAAGGAUCCACUCUGUUUAAUCAGUUAUCCUCCUGGCACAUUCGAUUAGAUCAUAUGAGAGGGAUCUCUUGACAAUCACAUGCUCUGCAGAGAAACACCGAUACAGAGGCGGUGUGUCAUAUUCCCUCUGUAAAUAAUUGUUGUGCAGCCUCUUGAGGUGAGUAUUGAUUGGGUAUUUAUAUUAGGUUUACCGAGGCAAACAUCUCAACCAAGCCUUAUUAAAAAGUUUGUGUCUCUGUGUUUCAGGACUACAUUGAUGCUCACCCUGAGACCAUCGUUUUGGACCCCCUUCCAGCCAUUCGAACUCUGCUGGACCGCUGCAAGUCUUAUCAGCUCAUCCACAGGAUAGAGAGCUGUAUGCAAGGUAGGAAGUUAAUGUUAAUCACAUGAACUGGAUAACCCGGUGAGGAGGUUGAGGUCACUUAAAGAUCUGAACAUGAGAACGUUGAAUUUGGCAUCUCUUGCAAAGAUGCAAUUUGUGAAUUCCCUCAAAAAGAGGAAGUGAAUCUUUGCGGUGGUUUCACAGCGGGGUCAGUCGAGUGAAUUUUGACACCACAUUCAAAAUGUUGACAGACGGAACUUUAAGAAAAAAGUGAAAUAUAGGUUUCGUGUGUGUGUGGUUUUUGCACCAUCCAAGUUUAUACGCUUCAGUUCUAGCAGUAUGCAAAUGUGUGUAAUCAACAUAUCAAACUUUAUGAACUUUAAACCAAUGCAGUCUCAUACAACAGCCCUGAAAUAAAUACCAUGAUUAUUGACGUUAUGAAGGUUUUGGUGGCAUUGAGCACCAGCCUAGAGCUUAACAGUACAUGUAAAGGGGGUAUCAUCUGAAGAUAUUUGUCUGAUUAAGAGGAGACAUUGUUAUAAAGACGAUAAAUAAGACAAAUUCCCAAGAUUCAUCCUUAUGGAUCACCUUUUAGUUCAUACUACUGGCUUUGACACACUGGGAUCUAUCAGAAAGGUGUUUCUGGGACCAUUUCCAAGCAACAGAGUCCAACUCCAUGUUACAGAGUGUCUGAAUAAGAAGAGGAUGACCAACUGUAUCAAAGAUCUAGACUUUCGUAAAGGUGGAGUUUCUGUUUCUAUGUUUUGCUCGGUCACUUUGUGCCAGGUGAUCAGAGUAUAAUUCUGAGGAUUGAGUCAAUAGUUGGUGCAGCUCGGGUUUGAAUUAACUCGUCCUUUCUUCUCCUUUUCCCCAGUAUUACAUAAAAGCAGAAGUUGUCUAAAAUGAUGAAGCAACUGUGACUUUAUGGACGCCGCCUCCUGCGAAUUCUCUGUCUUUCCUCUUCACCUCCAACAGGGACACACAGAUAGCACAUGACAGCGCCGUCUCCUCUCACUUGAAUUAUUUUACACGAUACUUCCGAGCAGAUGUUUAAUUCCUGCUGGCUGCGCUCUACACUGAUAUCAUAACUCCUUUCUCCACUUCUUUUAUACAACAAAAGCAGCUCACCAUUUCCCCUUCUGUCUGAGCAUAUUCUAAACUCAGCUCUUUGUGUUUUUUUUUUUUUUUCUUUAACUCAUCUUUGUAUUCGUCCAGGAACACCCCUCUCUGUGUCUGAUACUGUAAACUCAUCGGGGGACAAUGUCGUUUGACUGGAGGCAGAAAAAUGCAGUGACGGCAGGAGCACAUUCUCUACCCACACACACUGUAAACACACCUGUGACUCAUCCACAUUUCCACUUCUCCCUUACCCCGUACAUGGCAGCGAACAUAAACCUUUUAGGUAUUACUCCAGCCUGACUCUGCGAGUGGCUGCGGUCUGGUGUCAGAGCAGCAGAUCAGAGGCGUUUCAGCAUGUCGCCUGUGUCAUUAGUUCCCGAAAUAGAACAUCAAGAAGACGUCUUUUUAUCCAAACAGACAUGAUGGCUGUUACGUAACAAAGUAUAAGCUGCAUCACUUACUGUCUUACUGUGUAUUCGGUUUGAAAGGAGGAUGGCUCACAGGCUGCAUUUAUUGGAAGCUUUUUUUCCUUCUCCACUCCAUUAAUGCAAGUGGUCUCUCUGCGCACACUUAAGCCUGCAUACCAAACCCUUCCUGAUGAUUGUGGCUGGUUUAGACACAAAGACGGAGUGUAAAACAUAAUAAUCCGACACCACACCACCGUGAAUGUAGAAAAACAGCAUGUGACGGAGGGAAAGCGCCCGUAGUGAUCGAGAGAACUGGGUUAAGGUUACACUAAAACUAGAGGAUAGAAUAAGAAUGCAGAAAAAGUCUUACCUUGCUUUCUUAAGCACAGCCGUUUCCUCCUCCUUAUCAGCAGAAACCAAGGAGUCCUAGAGCAGCUGCCAAGGCAACCCAGUGCUAAAUACUAAAAGGCCACAGAGAGGCUGCCAUGCUUCAGAGUCUGCACGUCUUAGAGUUGAAUUCAGUGGGAGGAAGCACUUGAGAUACACUUUCUGUGGAAAGAGGGAACUUUAUUUUAUCACUCAAGCAGUGUCUUGUUGUUAAAUGUCUCCAGUCUGGAGAAAUCAGGCUUUUCUUCAAAAAGAUGAAAACUUAGCAAUAAGAAGUAUCCGAUUUCAUGUGAAAAGUCACACAGGGGGGCCACACGAGCACAGACGGGCCUGAUUUAGAUUCGCCUUCAGUGGAAUUUCGUCGUUGCUCUGUUGUUAGAGGUGAGUUCCCUUUUGUGAGCCAGAGAAAGGUAACUGUUUAUGUUACUCUGUUGGAUCUCCUUGUUCCUGUGUAUGCUUCACUUUUGAUAUGUUAGACAGAAACCGUCGUUAAGUCAACUCUCCUAUAAAAGCGAAUGCCUCUCUUAAUGUUUGAAGCGUAUUUCUCUCCAGCUCAGGAUGAAAGAAUCCACCAGAGUAAAGUAAACGCUCUGGGUUUAUUCUGUUAUUAAUCAGACUGAUCAGGACGACCGUUGAAUCAUUAUUUUGAUUUUGGAUUUUUACCUCUGUGCUGUCUGUGAAUAUUACACAGGCAGAGUUUGGGACCUAUACUUUAGCCAGUUUCAGCGAGGCGCUCUAAAACUUUUGGUUUCACGUCAGAGAGAUACUUAGAGAGAACAUGAAACUUUUUGUUUUGGUUGUUCAUCACACCUUUUGUUCUGAAUCUGUCGCCUCGUCUCAGGCCUAUUGAGGCGUUUCUUCUCACUUUACUGUGAAGUAGCAGAGCGGACAGGUUAAAAAAAAAACAGCAAAAAUACAGAUAAGACGAAACAAGAGAAGAGACAAAGAACAGCAUAACUGGUAUAAAAGCGUCUCAUGGCGGGGUCCUGUAAAUGUCGUGCUGGGCUCCAGUGGGUCUGCUGAGCGCUCACAGUGUUUAGACAGAACUAGAGAUUGAUCCCCCCUCCCCACUCGCCCCUCCAGACCAUUAUCCCUAAAACGUCCACCAGAGCCAAGCAUGCACGCUAUUACAAACUUGGUCACCCCCUGUCAUCUGCCAUUCCCUGCUCUCUUUAUUAUAAAUCCUUAACUCGGGGCUUGAAAUGUUUUCCACGCUACAACAUUUAGCCCUGUUGAUUGCUUUUUGUUCGACAAAAUCUAACGCCAUUGGUCUUUGGGAACAUGGUGAUGUAAGAGAGGAUAUUUUCCCUUCCAAGUUUUUUUUUUUUCUUUUUUUUUCUGAAAGACAUUAUGCUGUUAUUCCUGUCAUGGUAAAAUAACAGCAGUAUGACGAGCACGGCUGCAGCCAUUGCAGAGAUGACUGAUGGGUAACCCUCCAGGCUUCCCGCUCCCUAAAGUGACUGGUUGCAGAGCCAACACUGGAUCACAUCCAGCUGUGCAGAAAAAGGUUAUAGAGCACGAACAAGUGUCUGCCUGUGAGAGAGAGAAAAGGACGAUUCUGUGUUCAUCCGUCACGCAACAGCAUAACAGCCAAAACACAGAAAUAUAACCAUACUAAAUCUGCUUGGCACGCUUUGAGGGUUCAGAAUUUUCCUCUUUGAAAUUAAAAUAAAAUCAUUCCUGAGGGAAAUAAAUUUUGUACCUCAUGGUUAAAGCACAUGUUCAACUGCAGUGAAGCACUUCUCUAACUGGAGGGCACAUCAAGAAGGUUACUCUAGGUUGGUAAGUUUUCUCUAUAUCUCUUGUGGAAAGUAUCAGCUUUUAUCAUUUUAAAAUCAAUCGAUUAGUUAUUAAAACAUGGCUGAAAGAUAACAUUAUAAAUUCAAUCAACCAGGGAGGUUAUAAACAUACCAAAGUCAGGCCACCUUAUCUAAAUCGCCUUUAAGGGUCAGUAAUAACCCCUAAUUUUACAUAAUAAAAUACCAAGCAUCUGAUGUUGAAUUGACCCUUGAUAUCCAUCUUUAACUUUGAUGCUUUCAUAACUGUUUAGCAAAAGAUGUUUUCUACACAUGCGAUAAAAGAGUUCCAGUUCCCCAUGUGAGGCUGGCUGCCAAACAAGGAAUCCCGGUUAGGUUGGCCAAAAAAUUUCUUCGACAACAAAAAAGUGACUUAAAUUUAGCUGCUCUAAGAAAUUUGUAUUAUACAUCAUCUAAUUGACAUGUCAUAGAGAUACAGUCCCAUGAAUGUGACACAGAAUCCUUAAACUGGACUUUUUGCCGCCUAAUAACCUCACUUUUUUACUGUGGGCGAUCUCACAGCUUAAUUUUACCACAAUAGUUUACAGUAACUCUUGUCCAUCCUCCUGCAUGAACUUUCAUUGAGGGUUUUUUUCCCUUUUAAAGUUGUGUGUCUUUGCACUUUUUAGCCACUUCUAUGGCUGUAGAUGUGUGUGUGGGGCCCAGUGUACACCCAAAGUUCAGCACUCAGCACUGGACUAAAUGUAGGCAAAUGAGAUUCCCCUGACCUCAGCAGUAGCCGGCGCAGAGAGAGCACUGCCACGGCUGAGGCCGGCAGCACACAAAGGCCGGCGUGUUCCUAUUGUGUUUUAGUCAUUAGCAGUUUUGCCAGCUCUUGGUUUGGCCCCCUUGCUGAUUUCCUGUGGUGAUAUCUCCAUCCAGCUGCCUUAUCACCCCGGCAUACCUACCGUGGAGGGGAAAUUACAUGAGGCCAAACAUGAACCUAGAUGCGGCCUCAGUCUUGAUAUGAAGGAGUAUGAUGGAGCCGCAGGAUGUUUGUCAUUUUCUGUCUUAUCUGAGCUGACCGACCUGCUGCUACAGGAUGUGACGCGAAAAAACUGAAGUUAACAAACAUGAUGUGUUGUGAAAAUGUAGUGGAUGUGGGUAAGAAAGAGGUUUGCUUAAGACCUGGCUGAGGUGUCAUUGUGUAACUGCACCUGCUGUGUGUGCUGCCGACCGACUUUGUCUGUCAGUCAGGUGAUAUAUCUGAUGACUCUGUGAAGUCCUCAGUGGGUUCCACUUGUCUCGAGUUCCUCUCAAGAUUUUGGGUCUUCCUGUAUUCAGCAUUUUCCCGUGUGUGUGUGUGUGUGUGUGUGUGUGUGUGUGUGUGUGUGUGUGUGUGUGUGUGUGUGUGUGUGUGUGUGUGUGUGUGUGUGUGUGUGUGUGUGUGUGUGUGUGUGUGUGUGUGUGUGUGUGUGUGUGUGUGUGUGUGUGGAGCAGAAGGGCCUGGCAGCUUUCAGCUUUAUUUAUUUGGACAGGAGUCAUUUGUCCCCCCGAGCCUCUGAAGGCCUCUGCUGUGUUUGCUGUUGAAACCUGCCACAAGGAUGAAACAUGAAUACACAAAUACAGCCAAAUGGUGUUCAAAAAAAAAAAGGUGUUUCUGCAUGUGUGACAAACUCGUGCUCCACAUGUCAAACAAGUCUUUCAUAUCUUUGCUCAGACUACAACAGGCUGUGCUGCCCUUCAUUUUCCUGUAAGUAGGCUAUGGAUGACAACAGAAAGAAUAGCUGCGAGUGCUGCUAUUUUUGGAAAAAAAAGGGAGAAAAAGUCUUCACAAUGCUUCAGUUAUCACAGCGAGACAGUCUGCAGGAACUUCUAUCUUAUCAAAGCUGUCCAUCUGGGGGCAAAAACUGACAACAAACCAGACAAAGACGCAAACGUCAUGUUUUUGAAAUGGUCUCAACAUACCUCACCUCCUUUUUUUCUUCUUCUUUAAAUGCACCGUAUCAUGGAUUUUUUUUUUUUAAGUAGUACAUAGUUAAAGGUAACAAGAUUCUUGUAUCAUAGUCCUAGACUUGAUCUUGAACUCAGUUUUUUCUGUCUUCUUUCUUCUCUUUGUAUCAGACCAGAGGAUUUGCUCUCCUCCAUUCAUGGUCCUCAACACAGACUGUACCCCAGAUGUGCUGGAGCAGAUCAAGAGACAAGGACUCACAUUCCCUUUCAGUAAGUACAUUUCAAUCUCACUCAUCACAUACAGACGGUGAAGAGAGAACUAAUUUCUUUACUUCUUUUAUAUUUCUUGUUCCUGAUACUGUGCUGUAAAAUAAUUUCUUUGAGACGUUUGUCGUGUAUUUAUAUUACUGGGUGAAGUUACUGCUUGUUCAAAGUAUGGUGACCUCGCUAAGUCUUCCUUGCCUUUAUUUCUCCCUCAGUUUGCAAAACACGGGUGGCUCAUGGAACCAACUCUCAUGAGGUGAGAGGUCACCCACACCCUCCACAGUUUGCUUUGUGCAAGCAUCGACACUUGUUCUGUCCCAGGAUUGUCAUUUAACUCAAGUACAAACAACCUCAUCUGAUAAAGUGCUGCUGUACCUGGUGUAUCUUUGUGUGUCAGCUGAAAUCAAUACUCCAAAUAUUCCUAAGUCCACACUCACUUUAUUUGGCUCAUGUCUGAAUAUGCACAUCUAUUUGGAUAGCUUCUGGGAUGUUCAGUCAGUCAUUGUUUGUGUAAAUCUGUCCACAGAUGGCCAUUAUCUUCAGCGAGGAGGACCUGAAGGACGUGAAGCCUCCCUGUGUGAUCCAGAGCUUCAUCAACCACAACGCAGUGCUCUACAAGGUGUUUGUGGUGGGAGACUCAUACACUGUGGUGGAGAGACCCUCACUGAAGAACUUCCCUGCUGGACCUGCAGGUGAGGAGACAGACAGCCAGUCACUUCUUAAAGUUCCCAAUAAACCAGCUCUUAAAACGGCUUUAUAGGAACUGUGAUUGGACCUUUUAAGGGAGAAGCAGAGUGCAGCGGAGCUCUCACUACACUGUUGGAAAAUAAAGAAGACUAAAGGCAUCCCUCUCCAUAAACAUGUCAGAAGCAUGACCCAUGAUGCGGCAUUGAAUGCAGGGUUGUCCCCUUACACAAAUGACUCCAGUAUUUGCAUGAGGUAGCGGAGGCCCUCAUGCAAACCAGUUUCCAGCCCUCAGUGCUGCUGUCUGCUUUGUGUAACAGUGCAGAGAAAACAGUUGCUUUCAGCCUGGAAUGCUGAGUGCUGCAGCUAAAAGCACGGCCUCUGUCGCACACAAAAAAGCGACAUACCACAGCAAUACAUCUGCGCAGCAUUUAGAUUGGUUUACAAUGCACUCCGGGGCUAUACAGUGGGUUUCGUAACAAGCAAGCAGGGGGGGGGCUAGGUCGGAUCAAAGAGCGAGUUUUGAAGUUUAAGGGAGGUAGAACCAGUGAAAGAGGGAAACUUAAGGAUAACAAUCUAAGAGAAUUUUCGUCCCAUCAAAUCUUGGUUCCCAUGUUCAUGUCGGGUUCAAACCGCUCAUCCUGUCUGGGAUUGUACAAGGACAUCUGCCUGACACUUCAUUACAUCGACCUUCCACAAGCCACGAGGGAAUGUUUUAUUUGGACAGUGAAUGAAUUAUUUCCCUCUCCUCCUCAUCCUUCUCACUAAUGCUCCUACAUGUUAAUCAUUACAGCGAUAACACAGAAAAGAGGGUGAUGGAUUAUGCAAUUUAUUAUAUCACUUAUGUCACCGCUGCAAAGAAAAUCCCCGCCUGCAGCAAACAGUUUACCAGCUGUUUUGUCCUGAGUGAAGACAACACAUGACAUGAUUGUGACUGAAAGAGUGCAGUGUUAAAAGAUUCCACAUCAGGUUGGUUUGAAUUAAAACGCCUUUUUUUUUUUUUUUCAACAAGUGCUAAAAGGAGUUUUAAAAAAAGGCAAGAGUGGAAGUCUUCCUUAAGAAACCAGUUGAGCUUUGCUGCCACCUAGUGCCUGAAAUGAAAAGAUGACCAAACAGGGGAAGCAGAGUGUUGACAAGCCUCUUCAAAACUCUCCACCUAACCCUUUUUUGAAUCCAUUUCCUUUCCAGAUCGGAGAGCCAUUUUCUUCAACAGCCACAAUGUUUCCAAACCUGAGUCCUCUUCAGACCUGACCACGGUACGUCCACAGAGUCACCGACUUCAUCUCGUAAGAAACUUUGGCCUUUUUUCUUUACUAAAGUGCUGAUAUCUUCUGUCUCAGCGAGAGAACUUGGAGGGAGUCUCUCAGCCACCCAAUGAUGAUGUCAUCAGAGAGUUGUCCAGGUCGCUGAGGCAGGCGCUGGGGGUGUCCUUGUUUGGCAUUGAUGUUAUCAUCAACAAUCAAACAGGCCAACAUGCUGUCAUUGAUGUCAAUGCAUUCCCUGGUAGGUCCUCCAUGGCGGUUGUCUGUGAAAAAGCUUUACAUCUUUAUAUUUUGGUGUGAUUAUGUUUGUCACUCUGUAACUCCGGUCAUCGAGCAUAAAUGGACUUUAAUCUUCAACUAUGAGCCCAUUUUUAGAGGUUAACUUGCUUUUGUGGGGUUGUUAUGAUCAAAUAAAGAUACAGAUUCUUCAUAAAGAAAAUCAAACAGCUGUCUAAUCCUGUGUCCCUCUGAACUCUCAGGUUAUGAAGGCGUCCCAGAGUUUUUCAACGAUCUCCUCAACCACAUCACCAGCGUCCUCCAGAGCCACAACCCAGACUUCGCCCCUGCCAGCGAGCAGCCCAAAGCCCUACCUGUAAGCUCCACGGUACCUAACGCCAUCCCGCCGGCCCCCAGCUGCUGCAGCAUGCUGGGAAAAGAGGCCAGCAGCAGCCCCUGGAUUGUAGAGGGAGACGGAGGACUGAAGGGCCCACGUCAGAGACUGGGUUGCAACUCGGCCAUGUCCCCCAACUUCCAGCAGCAUUGUGUGUCCACGAUAGCUACCAAGGCUUCCUCCCAGUGACUGACUCCUCCCUCUCCUUAGUCCGUUUGACCCUGAACAAAAAAAAACGGAUGACAAUGGUGACAAUAAUAAUGAAUAAUAAUCAUAAUAAUUAUGAUGUUAAUGAUGAUAAUAUAUCUAAUCAAAAAACAACCCUUUUCCUAUAUAGUUAUUGAAAAUGGUGGUGAUUGGGUGUACGCUUUUUUCUCUCUGCCUUUUUGUAUAUUUUUUGUUUAGUCUAAUGAGACUUAACAGUACUGUAAUGUGAACUUUUGGGAACUUUGCCUAAUAGCUGAUUUUAUUUUUCUCUCUUGUGUGAGUACUCUGUGAUGAAAGGGUCCAGGUGAGGUAGCCAAUCAGGACUGAAGAGAGAUGUGCCACUAGAUGUGCAAUGUAUGAUCCAAAUAAACACGCACACACGGGUACACGUAGACUGGCCUGUGAUGUGUUUGUUUGCAGAUAACACCACUGAUUCCUCUGUACAAAAUGAAGAGGAGAGAACUACAAAUCCAUAAAUCCCAGGCUGCUAUGUGACAGUGGCCAACCAUCUGAACAUGAACUGCAAAUUAGCUUUAGGUUUGGUUAGUUUGAACAAACAGGUGUAAGGUUUACUGCUCAGUGCCAUCAGAUUCAUUUCAAGGAUAGAAAGAAUGCCUGAAAGGAAAAAGAGAACAACAUCACCUUUUCAAGGUUUAAAAGAAGAAAGAAAAUCUCCAUGAUCAUGUGACCAAGUUUCUUUUUUUUACUGUUGCACCAAUGUUUAUAGGUCCUUGAGUGUUUUACUGUAUGACUGAUGUUUGGUGUCAAACAAACAAGCUGCAUCCUUGUUCAAGUCUCUCCACAUGAAGAUGAGGAUCGCAUUCCUUUUUGUGUUUGUGGAUUUGUUGUCUGUCUAGAGAAUUCCAUGAUUUUUUUUCCAUAAUUCCAGUGGGAUUUUGUGAGAUUUCUCUCAGCACAUUGUCGGUGUGUAAUCUGUUCUUACAGAAUCAUGUCUUCAGCGCUUCUUGGAGAUGUAAGCACACCACUCUCCUGAGGCCAAUGUAACCUGUCGAAAAACAGACCUUAAGGCUGCUGUGUAGCUUGAAUGUUUCAUUGAUAUUUUAAUCAGAUGAUGUAUAUCCUCCCAAGAAUAGAGUCAAAUCUGUGUCUGGGUACCCACCAAUAGGGUAUGAAUUAUUUUGAAGCCAUUAGGCAGUAACAGAAAUUGAAAAAUUGAGAUGAUUCAUAAAUUCUCAUAAAGCACGUCUCUUAAAAAUGCAGCUAGAGAAACCUUCAGUCCAGGUUUCAUGUUCUUCUUCGACCUGCCUCCUGUUCCAGCUGCUGUAUCUUUGUCACAUGUUGAAAUCAUUAGGAGUGGAAGUUGAGGGGAAAGGCGGUCCAGCUCUUGUUCCCAUUGUUCACUGUGAGAUUUUUUUACUCCGAUUUUGUUAAUAUCUUUGUCCUGAUAACUACCAAGAGCAAUUUUAUUUUAUUGAGAUUUUAUGGGGGGAAAAUGUUUUAUAUAAAUGAAAUGAAAAAAAAAGCAUGGGAUGUUUUGGAACAAGCGGUGGAUAUUUACUAAUGGUGUAGUAAUAUGCUGGGUCUUGUACAGUUGGGGAUAGAGUGGACUCGUGGUUGAUGCUGUUGUCUCCCUCUAGCAUUAAAACGGAAGGAGUGCCAACCUGCACUGAACACAGAUUUUUCCCUUCCUCUGAGCCUGCUGCUUCUUCUCUUGUCCCAAAGAGCUGGUUUUUGCUCUUUCAUUUCCUCCAUCAAUAUCUGAGGGGACUGACUGUCCUCUAUCUCACUCUGAAAUCAUAAAUAUUAGUAUCAGUGCAGACAUCUCACCAGCACCUCUAGGAGAAAAGACGUCCUGGAAAAUGCUUUGAGUGUUGUGAAGCUACAGUAAAUUUAGGAUAUAAAAAUGUUGUCGCAGGCUCAGAGGAAUCUUUCGAAUCCUUCGAAACUUAUCCUCAGUGAUUCCUUAUCUAGAAAUAGGGACGUGGUUGAGAGUGCGUCCCUGAUAUGGCUGAUAUGUGUACACCACUAUAUUGUGCGUCCUAUGUUGUGCUCCUUAUCGUGCUUCUAAAUGGGAAAUAAAUGGUUAAUCCUACCCUUGGUCAUUUCUGCAACCCAGACAGUGUCAUCAUGCUCCCAGCUUCCACCUGAAUGUUUACGUCUUGGGUGUCUUGUACAGUACGUGGAUCUCUGCCGAGGCUUACAUCCGUACAGUAUGUUGUUUUGUAUCAGUUCUGUAAUUGAGAGGAAUCCACAAUUUUGUGACCUUUUUUAAUUCAAUGGCCAAAACAACAGGGCGAAAUAAACAUGUGAAACCCUAUGUG